CGGAUCAAACACUUGAAAAUCUCUCCAAAUCAAGCCACGUGAUAACGUUGCAGUCCAGACUAAACAAGAUGCAGCUGCUGAACCCGGCGUCGGAGGCGGCAGCGCUGGACAGCAUCCGGCACCUCCUCCUGGAGGAGCCGGCGCCGAGCGCGGCGCCGCGGCCGGUGUACUGCCGGAGCGCGAGCUUCGGCAGCCUCGUGGCCGACCAGUGGAGCGAGUCGCUGCCGUUCCGCCCCGAUGACGCCGACGACAUGGUCGUCUUCGGCGCGCUCCGCGACGCCUUCUCCCGCGGCUGGCUCCCCGACGGCUCCUUCGCAGCCGUCAAGCCCGAGCCCCUGGCGUCAGCGGACUCCUACGAGUACGGCUCAUGUCUCAGCGGCCUCCCCCUGUCGUCCGAGGAGUCAGACACGCUGACCACCGUGGUGGCGUCGACGGUGACGCCGGGGAGGGAGGAAGCCGCGGCCGGGGCCUCCAGGGGGAAGCACUACAGGGGUGUGAGGCAGAGACCGUGGGGCAAGUUCGCCGCGGAGAUUCGGGACCCGGCGAAAAACGGCGCGCGCGUGUGGCUCGGCACGUACGACAGCGCCGAAGACGCCGCCGUGGCGUACGACCGCGCCGCCUACCGCAUGCGCGGCUCCCGCGCGCUCCUCAACUUCCCGCUCCGCAUCGGCUCCGAGAUCGCCGCCGCCGCCGCCGCGUCCACUGCCACUGCCACCGCCGCCGCGUCCACUGCCACUGCCACCGCCGCCGCGUCCACUACCACCGCCACCGCCGUGGGAGACAAGCGGCCGUCCCCCGAGCCGGCGAGCUCCGACUCUUCUCGUUCCUCCUCCUCUGGUUCUCCCAAGCGGAGGAAGAGAGGUGAGGCCGCGGCCGCGACCAUGGCCAUGGCCCUGGUGCCGCCCCCGCCGCCGCAGGCUCCGGUCCAGCUGACCCUCGCGGCCCAUCCAUGGUUCGCCGCCGGUCCGGUCCAGCAGCUAGUGAGCUAACUGCUGAAGUGGCGGUGUAUCAAUUGGUCGUGCUUGCGAGCAAAUUAGCUGCUUGAUGAAUCGAGUUGAAUGCAAGAACAGAGCAAUGCGAGGCACUUCCAAUACAGCUCCAAGAUGUGUGAUGAGCUCGAGGAAAUCGUGCUCUGUCAUCAGGAUGUUCCUGGUUAAUUCUCAUGGAAUUUGUUCCUCGAUGGUUGCUACAGUGAAAUGACGCAGGAAAAAAGGUGAUAUAUUGUUGUGGUAUUCUGAGAAGCUUGUAGUGUUGAAUCGCAGUGUCGUAUUGGUGGCAUCAUCACGUUAGAAACGGAUGAGGUGGAACAGUUGGAAGCUUUUUGUGAGAGUUUGGAGAUCCUGGUCCAAAUUUGCCCAACCAUUCUAGAACGGCUUCUUUGCUA